UGACCGCUCUUUCUUUCUCUCCAACUAGAAAAAUUCUUUCUUCUCUGUGAGAAAAAAUUCUUUUGAAUGAACCUUCCCCUCCUUUUUCCUUUGUGAUUGUUACAAAGACAGUAGCUGUUCUCACAAGAAAUCCCACAGUCACGGGUUUGGAUGUACAUAGUGCCUGCAAAAGGAUUCAGAAGGAAAGGAAGCACGACCUGCAUUAGAAGAUAUUUCCAUAUUUGUGCAAUAGGACUGGAAGAACGAGGUGCCUCCACGCUUCACCAGCUGAAGGAACAAACCUAGGCUGUCAGAUACCAUCGAAAACUCCACAUCAGCAAGGUCUGAACCUGGCCAGAGGAACUUCUGAUCAAGAUUUUUUAGGGUCUGGAAAAGUCAGUAUGUUGGAUCAGAUUCAUUGGCUGGCAGCUGUGACAGUCCUGGGAGUCCUGGAGCAAGCCUACUUCUUCCUCCAGGUGAUCUAUGCUAGGAGGCUGUUUGGCAUUUCACCUCCAAAGAUCACAGGCCCUCCUGAAUUUGAAAGGAUUUUUCGAGCACAGGUAAACUCCUCUGAGUAUUUUCCCAUCUUCCUGGCACUUCUGUGGCAAGCUGGACUCUUCUUCCAUCAAGGUCUGGCUGCAGCCUUGGGCCUGCUCUAUCUCUAUGCCCGCUACUGCUACUUUAUGGGAUACAAGGCAUCAUCCUCAGAAAGACUCGCCCCGAUAUACUUCAGCUCUGGAGUUCUCUGGAUUCUCCUUGCAGUGUCAGCCCUGGGCAUCCUGCAUUUCUUCCUCUCUCACCAUGUGGGGCUGAACGUCCUCCAGCUUCUCACGGCAUGACCCACUCCUCUGUGCUUCAUCACUGUCAUUGUCUUCAAGUCCUGCUCCUUUCUGCCUGCCUUAAUAGACUGGCUGCAACUCAACAGCCCUCAAUGAGAAAUCCACCUGAGCCCAAGCUUUUAACACCUCCUUCCUCACUGUCCAGUACUGGCAGGAACUGCUGAGCUGUUUAGGAGAUAUUUUUCCCCCAUGGCACUUUGUGUGCCAAGUGCUUCACAUCUGGCAGCUCCAUCGUGUCUGAUGCGGAAACAACAAUCCCAAACAAAGACAUAUAAGAGCAAACUCUUCUCUCAGUGAGAUGACAAAAGGAAGUGCCAUGUGUUCCCCAUUCUCCAGUGGCUCUGCCCUCAGCCCAGGCACAGAACAUGGAUUCAUGCCAGUUUUCCAAGGCCCACACCUAAGAAAGGCAUUUGUUUGGAACCAGAUGUGGACUGAGACACAACAAAAGAGGUGAGGGAUAAACUGGAGCAGCCACCAACAUAUUGUGCAAAAGUCUGUUGGUGCCCCCAUGCUGGUUAUCAUCCACUGCUGUAAAUUGGACAUGCAAACUCAUCACCACUGCUGCAUGUUCCACUUCAAACUCAGCCCAGUGACAACAGGCACAAAUAAAAAGUCA